UUCACGGUGUUCAGUGCGACGUUUCAGUAAAGUUCUAAGAUGGCGACGGUGCAUCUGAGAAUCGGGGACCUAGUUUGGGGAAAACUCGGGCGCUAUCCUCCGUGGCCAGGCAAGGUCGUCAGUCCUCCAAAGGACCUGAAAAAGCCAAGAGGGAAAAAAUGUCAUUUUGUCAAAUUCUUUGGAACUGAAGACCAUGCCUGGAUAAAGGUGGAGCAGCUGAAGCCAUACCACCCCCACAAAGAGGAGAUGAUCAAGAUCAACAAGGGCAAACGUUUCCAACAGGCUGUGGAUGCAGUGGAAGACUUCCUGAAGAAGAAAGAGAAACAGGGGGGGAAAGAACAGAGCUCUGAGGGGAAAGGAGACUCUAAAGGGAAGAAGACACCAACUAAACCUCUGAAGAUCCUAGAGGAAGAUGAUGAAGACCUCAGUGCCCUGAAAGACCCCUCUGAGAAGGACCUAACUGACUCAGAGCCGUCCAGUGUUGAGCGACUAGGGGGCCUGGGAACUACUGGACCUGUCUCGGGAUUCAAAUGGGAGAGCAGUCCUGCCUCAUCUAUGGAGCCUAUCAGUAAACGCCUGAAGAUUGUUGAGGAGGACACGAGGUCAACGUCUAUCCAAGCUGCAGACAGCACCGCCAUCAACGGCAGUAUUACUCCCACAGACAAACGGAUAGGGUUCCUAGGGCUGGGGCUUAUGGGUAGCGGAAUAGUGUCCAACCUGUUGAAGAUGGGUCACAUUGUCACAGUGUGGAAUCGUACAGUAGAAAAGGUACCGCAAGACAACCAACACUGUGACCUGUUCAUCCAGGAAGGGGCCAGGUUAGGGCGGACCCCAGCAGAGGUGGUCUCUAUGUGUGACAUCACCUUCUCCUGCGUCUCAGACCCCAAGGCUGCCAGGGAUUUGGUGCUGGGUCCCAGUGGAGUGCUCCAGGGCAUCAGGCCAGGGAAAUGUUACGUAGAGAUGUCUACCGUGGACCCAGAGACCAUCACAGAGCUCUCGCAGGUGAUAUCGUCGCGGGGCGGCCGCUUCCUGGAGGCUCCUGUGGCUGGGAGCCAGCAGGUGUCUAACGAGGGCAUGCUGGUCAUCCUAGCGGCCGGAGACAGGACGGUCUACGAAGACUGCAGCUCCUGUUUCCAGGCCAUGGGCAAGACCUCAUUCUUCCUAGGUGAGGUGGGUAACGCAGCGAGGAUGAUGCUGAUCCUCAACAUGGUACAGGGAAGCUUCAUGGCAACCAUCGCCGAGGGGCUGACCCUAGCCCAGGCCACAGGCCAAUCACAGCAUACCUUCCUGGACAUCCUGUCUCAGGGUCAGAUGGCCAGCACCUUCGUGGACCAAAAAUGCCAGAAUAUCCUACAGGGCAACUUCAAACCAGACUACUAUUUGAAACACAUUCAGAAGGAUCUGAGGCUAGCCAUCUCCAUGGGCGACACAGCCAAUCACCCGACCCCUAUGGCUGCAGCAGCCAAUGAGGUCUACAAGAGGGCUAAAGCACUGGACCAGUCAGACAACGACAUGUCAGCUGUCUACAGAGCCUACAUUCACUAAACCUCCUGAAGAGUCUCUCCCCGACCUGUCCUUUCCCCGACCUGUCCUUUCCCCGACCUGUCCUUUCCCCGACCUGUCCUUUCCCCGACCUGUCCUUUCCCCGGCCGGUCCUUUCCCCGACCUGUCCUUUCCCCGACCUGUCCUUUCCCCGACCUGUCCUUUCCCCGACCUGUCCUUUCCCCGACCUGUCCUUUCCCCGACCUGUCCUUUCCCCGACCUGUCCUUUCCCCGGCCGGUCCUUUCCCCGGCCGGUCCUUUCCCCGGCCGGUCCUUUCCCCGACCGGUCCUUUCCCCGACCCGUCCUCUCCUUUCCCCGACCUCUCCUUUCCCCGACCCGUCCUUUCCCCGACCCGUCCUUUCCCCGACCCGUCCUCUCCCCGACCCGACCUCUCCUCUCCUCUGGACCACACUUAUCUUUUAUAAAUUUUUAUUCCCAUUUUAUUAAUUAUUUUUGCCUGGCACCAGAGAUAUUGGUGUACUUCCCAAAUGCCAUCCUAUUUCCUAUAUAGUACACUACUUUUGACCAGGGUCCAUGAUUUCCUCGUGAAUGAAGCUGAAUACUCUGCCGAAUCAGGGCCCAUAGGGCUCUGGUCAGAAGUAGUGCACUACAUGGGGGAAUAGUAUGUCGUCUGGGAGGCAGCUAUUCCUUCCCGGUAACGUGAUGGGAACCUCUAACUAGUCCACCUGGAACAUUGCACUGACUGAGGGUUCUAAUGAUGCUAGAAGAAUGGUAGCUUCCACCCCCCCCCCUUCACAUCUUUGCGUUUUGUUGUCGAUAGUGCUGGUCAGGUUUCUGAUGGUAAAGUACUGCAGGGUGUUCAGAAGAGAUUUUGGGAUGCGGCCCCCAUUGCUGACGGUAAGAUGUUCAGAAGUGAUUUGGAACGCGACACAUUGCCCCUGUUGCUGUCGGGUGGGUUUUGAAGCUGCACGGGCCAUGGAUUAAUUUAUCACUCUUUCUCUUUCUUUGCGUUUUAUUUAAUUCUAUGUGUGAAAAAUGUCAUCUUUAAUUAGAAUGUCCAGAAUUUCAUCUAAACGUAUAAAGCUGUUGAUAUUAUCUUUUAAAAAGAGAGCGAAGGCUUGAGGAGCACCGAGAGGAAUAAUGCCACUGCAUUGCCUUAAUAUUGGAACCAUUUGAAAUCUUCUGACAUGUAUUUAUUUAUUUUUAGACGCUCUAGAUCUCUCUAUUCUACUUCUCUUUUGGUGCAGUUUGGCCUGGAGUUGUUUCCGUAGUUGUCUGAAUCUGAACAGUGUUUGGUUUGUUGUGUUAGCCUGUUAGAGAACCUGCUCCCUUAAGGUUAUAUUAAUAAGGUUAUUCUGAUGCCUUGUAAUACAGUAAUGACUUAAUCCGUCUUCUAACCGGGAUUCAUCCCUAAUGGCACCCUACUCCCUUUAUAGUGAACUCAUUUAGACCAGAACUCUGAUCAAAAGUAGUGCGUUAGAUAGGGAAUAGGGUUCCAUUUGGACACAUCCCGGGACAUUAAGGUGAUCAUGUUUAAAACCCAUGCAGUGGUCUAACGUUAUUAAACACAGGCAAGUUGAUCACUUUUUAUUGUACAUGUGUGUUUUGGACCCACGUUGCUUAGCGACCUGUUUGUAUUUUAACAUGACUAUAGAUCGCUUGGCUUGAUGACUUGGGUUAUUGCACCACAACAGUUCCCCUUUGCAGUGGGGGAUAGAUUAGCCUGGGUCCCCGUCUGUUUGUGCCGUCAUGCCAACUCCUUGUCAUAUCCAACAUGUUGGGCUUGACAAGUACAGCAAGGAAGUGGGGCAAGACCACAAACAGAUCUGGGAUCAGACUAAGGAGGAAAGAUUUAUUUAUUACCAGAUCAAUCACCAUAUAGGAAACUGUCGAACUACAGAAUGUGCAUUUCAGUUGAAUCAUAACCACUCCCUGAGAUUCAAGCCCCAAACUACAACCUUUUACGUUCUCCUUAAAAGGGAUACCUGGCAGGGCCAUGAGAAGACAGGCAAUUGUUACCUGAAUGGCAGUGGGGGGAUUUAGGUCACAUAAAACAUAACAAAAUAAUUUACUUUAAAGAGAAUGAGUUACCAUCGAAAGACCUCGUAACCUGCUUGAGGUGGGUUAUUGUCGUGGCAAAACAAAAUUUUGCUCACUUUCAAUAAUGAUUUUAUCCCUUUCUGUUUUAGUUCAUUUUGAUUUGAAAAAAAUUUGAAACUAUUCAACUCUUUGUAAAACACAAUUGAACAUGUAUAACCUCUGAUUUUGGUUGAAUAUCAUUUUCAUGUCGCAAGGUCUUGAUCAUCCCAUUUGUAGAAGUAGAUUUUCCUUUUGGCCUACAAGAUGUAAAUUAAGUUUUAGGGUUCAUUUGUUUAAACACGGAAAUAGUUUAAAGAUUUAAGAAGUAUGUUUUUAGUAGGAAACAUUCAAACAAAUGACUUGUAAAUAGCCCAUAUUGGUUGAGUGGAUGUACGCUUUCUAAAUAAAGGGUAAUAUAAAAUACUUUUGGUUAGACUCCUCUACUGACUGUCAAUCAUCUGAUGUGUCCCAAAUGGCAUCAUAUUCCCUAUAUAGUGACCCUGGACUAAAGUAGUGCGCUACCCUAUGGUCCGUGGACUAAAGUAGUGCACUACCCUAUGGUCCUUGGUCUAAAGUAGUGCACUACCCUAUGAACCCUGGUCUAAAGUAGUGCACUACAUAGGGAAUAGGGUACCAUAUGAAACACUGUCUUAAUAAUACUGUAGAUUGUUCUGUUCAGUGUUUGCUGUUUUAAAUUAAUAUCUUGUAAACAUUGUCUUUACGUGGCUUAUACAGGUGAUGUUGAAAUUACUGUUGGGCCCUUUUUUUGUGCAGGGCCAGGCAGGGACGGUGAAACUGUAUGGAUUUGGGAUAUUUAUGUGAAACAUCAAGGCUUUUUGUGCAGUUUAUUAAAUCCUCUCCUGAUUUAAA